CAGUUUUUGAACCAGUCUGCCAUAGACCGGGCUGGAAGUGGGUGAACUGGCCAAGUGGCGCCAAGUGGCCAGCAAGGCCAUGACGCUGGGCCUACAAUGGAUUGUGGAUAGGAUCACAUUUCCUUCGCCGCCAUCCUCUUACUCCCUGACGUCUCACCCGGAGCUCUUCUUCUUGCCAACUAGGGGCAAGCCAUCAAAUCAUCCAGGGGUACCCUGCAUGCUCUACGCAAUUCGGCAAGGGGCUCCUGUGCUUCUGGUGCAUGCCCACAGCAAUGGCUGUGACAUUGGCGACAUGCGCCAAACGCUGCAGAGUAUCUCCGAAUCUUUGAAAGUGCAUGUGAUGUCAUUCGAAUUCCCGGGGUAUGGGUUGCAUCUUGGCAAUGCAAACAUGCGGUCUAUCGAUGAUGCCGCAUCAACAGUUCUGCACUACAUUGCACAUGACCUGAAGAUCAACUUAGAACAGGUCGUGUGGUAUGGCCGAUCCAUAGGCUCAGGCCCUGCUUUGCGGUCAGUACACCGGAUCAGCCAGGAGCUGAAUCAGCAGCCUGGUGGAGUGGUACUGCAGUGCGGCUUCGCAAACUUCCCAGAGGUGGCGGGGCACCUCUUCGGCCGUCUGGCGAAGCGACUGGUCAACCGACUUUGGCCCAAUGAGGCAAUGCUGAAAGACCUGAAGUGUCCCGUGCUCUUGAUACACGGACGCAAUGAUACGAUGAUCCCUAUCACACAAAGCGAGAAGCUUUGGGAGGCCGUGCACUUGAAGGAGCUCAGCCACUUUCAUAUUUGUGACUGCGGCCACAAUGACUUCAACUUUCGUCGCUGUACCCUGCGGCCGAUCUACGACUUUCUGCUUGGAGUUAUUUCUCACCCCAGCUUUCCUGCCACCAACUUCCAGAUCGAAUUGGACUCGUCAAGACGGGCGCUGGUGCGGCACAUAGGUCCUUUGCGUGGACGCAUCCCGGUGUACAGCUUUCGACGUCCAGAGUUGGAGGAUUGGUUGCUCCGAAUAGGAGGCCAGUUGGAUGGACCGAAGGGGAGCAGCUUUGAGACACAGAAGUCUUUGGCCAACGAGGAGCAGGUGAAGCGAGAGGACACCAAUACUACAGGCAAAUUCGAGGGCCGAGAGCUGAAGAGCCCUCCUUCUGGUCUGCAGUCACCGCCAGGCAAGCGUGCCAGGGCGAAGAGCAAGGUUGAAAAGCAACUCUUGGUGCCAGACUAUAGCAUUAUGCCACACAUUGAGGACAUUGAGAAAGCCUUCUGUGAUCCUGAAGGCAUGGUCCGCACGUGUGCUGCACGCGUGAGCCAAUUUCUCCAGCGGCUGCAAAGGCAGCUCGCAAGAAUUGAGGGCUUGGAGCACCGGACGGUGGAUGAGAUCGUGGACUUCGUUGAAGCAGAGUUUUGGGCCUGCGAUCCCUUACUAUGCUUAUGGGAGGAGGUCAGCUUGCCAACUGGAGACCAUGUGCGCUACCGUUUUGGGCCUUUUUGCAUUGAUCAUCAAGGCCAUCGUAGUUUUCAACCGAACUUCGACUCCAGUUCGCAGUUUCUACGAGUUCCUUUGUGGAUCUUUGCGCCAUCGCAAGCUCACUUCCGAUGUCUCACAGAGUGGAGCCUUGUGCACUCCGAUCGCCUUCGGCAGCUGCCAAGCUCCGGUGAGGGUACUGGCAGCUGCGGUGGUUGCUGCUGUGUGCCAGGUGGCUUCCGAAGGAAGCCUGACAAGAGGCGUUCCAAAGCUGGGCAACCGACCAUGGGAUCAUUGUCGACUUCUUUGGCGGCACACUUUGCCAAUUGGGUUGAGAAGAAUGAAGAUAUCAAGGGCAUGUUUGAGAGGUUUGCUCAGCUUUACAACGACCCAGACGAGACCUUGCGCAAGUCAGCUGCCAUGGAUCCGUAUGCGUCGUUGAAGACCUUGCCGGGCGACACCAGUUCGCCGACUUCACCCAUGUCCUCUGACAAGGAGGAGGGUCCAUGCCCACCAAAUAGCCUGGCCGGUAGUAUCAUACCGGAGAGCAAGGCAGAAGAGCCAAAAGUUACACCUCCAGGAAAGUUCAGUGCUGGGUGCCGGCAGUGGCUUUUGCAAGACUCAGGAAACCAAUUGCAGCCGUUUGUUGAGCUGGCAAUGCGGAUGCGGUUUCCAGGUGGCCCGAUUGUGGUGGAGACCGAGAGACAGGAAGGUCAUGCCUUGCCAAAUCCAGCAGAUACGCGGCAGACAGCAGAGUACGUGGCCAAUCCCGCAGCGCAGGUUACCAUUGCAGACAGGUUCACUGGCUGGGCGGCUGCUGGCUUUAUCCUACACUACGAACGUCUGCUAGAAGAGUCGCAGGAGGAUCCUCUGAGACCAGAGCUCCGGAAUGCCGGCUUCGCAGUGAGCAAAGCUGUCAAGGCUUUUGCAAGCGCUGACCUACGUGCACGCCGUGAGCAGGGCAACAUAGCGAUGCGCCAACGCCUUGAUCAGCUUGCUGCCAACAAAGAUGAUGGUGUGCCAGAACCACCUCCAGACUAUCAAGAGGCUGAGCAAGCUAAGGGGCCCACGUCAGUAACACCAGCUAUGCCGACAUCCCAUGUGGAAGGUUUGUGAAUGCAAACAUGGGAUGUGAGAGCACCCCUGAACCAUCUACGGAUGGACAGCUUUCUGACUGGAUGCAGCGUGUAGUGUAGCGGACAUAACCC